AUGCGCUGGCUGGCUCUCUCUUACUGGCCCAAAUUGUGGCAUUUGUGCUCUGGAAAGGCUGGUGGCUGUGAGGAAGACAGACCAGGCGCAGGAGACAGGGAGGCUGUUGCCCAAGUCCCAGAAAUUGAUCAUGAACACCUGAUGGAAGCAGCAGCUAUCAUUGACAGCUCCCCCAUGCCCUCUUUCACUCAGCUUCACUCCACCAUGACCAGAGCAUCUCUCCUGCUACUAUGUGUUGCUCUGGUGCUGCUUUGGCAUGUGAAUGGAGCCACACUAAGAAACAAAGACAAAUGGAAGCCACUCAACAACCCCAGAAACAGAGAUCUGUUUUUCAGAAGCCUUCAGGCAUAUUUUAAGGGCAGAGGUCUUGAUCUUGGAACAUUUCCAAAUCCUUUCCCCACGAAUGAGAAUCCUAGACCUCUCUCUUUCCAAUCAGAACUUACUGCUUCUGCAUCUGCAGAUUAUGAAGAGCAGAAAAACUCCUUUCACAAUUAUCUCAAAGGCUGAAAGUUUCUUCUGAGCUCAGGUGUCUGGCUGUUGUAAAACUACAGAUGAAGCCUCUCAUUAGAAAAAUUCAACCACUGUCAUAGCUAAACUUUCGUGGAGUUUCUUUCCCCCUCACUUUUAUUUUUCAG